AUGUCUUGGCAAGCGUAUAUCGACUCUAGCUUGGUAGGCAGCGGCCAUGUUGAUAAAGCAGCUAUCAUUAGUGCUGCUGGAGAUAGUGUUUGGGCAACCAGCGCAGAUUUCACCAUCUCUCCUGCUGAGAUGAAGGAAGUGGUAGCCGGUUUGACCCAACCGGACAACCUAUAUGCCAACGGGCUGCACGUUGCAGGAGAAAGAUUCGUUCUCACAAAAGCUGAAGAUCGAAGUCUCUAUGCCAGAAAGGGCAAAGAAGGUGUCGUCAUUGUUAAAACCACACAAGCAAUUUUAGUCGCCCAUUACAACGAAACCCAGCAGUCGGGGAAUACGGUGACUGUUGUUGAGCAGCUGGCGGACUACCUCAUCAGCACCGGAUAUUAA